GAGGCAAGAGACAAAUUCUCUGUAAUUGUAUCUGCCUGAAAUCAUCAAUAAACACAUCUAGCCGCCGUGGAAGUUUACUCACGGGGUGUUACCACGUUAUUUCACGUGUUUCACUUUCUCUCUACUUUUACUCUCUCGUUUUUUCUUCUCCUUCUUCAUCGGAUUUCUGCGUUGAUUUUGCUGUCAUCUAUGCCCGAGUCUUGGGAUACUGUUGUUGCUGCAAUUAGUAGUUCUCGUGGGUCUGAGAAGCUGAGGUUCGAUGAAAUCCGUGAUGUUGUUCUUAGCGAAAGUAUUCGCAAGAGAGAAAUGGGUGAUUCAUCGGGUAGUGCUCUCAGCGUUGACCGAAGGGGUAGAAGCAAGUCCAAGGGCCAACAUCAACAUGGCCGAUCAAAAUCAAAGAAUCGAGGCAAGUCUCCGAAUACAUCCAAUAUAUCUUGUUGGAAUUGUGGAGACAAAGGGCACUUUAAGGCGGAUUGUAAGAAGCCAAAGAAGAAGCAGAAUCAGAAAUCUGGAGAUGACGGUGAUUCUGUAAAUUCAGCAGAGGAUAUUGGGGAUGCUCUAAUCCUCAGUGUGGACAGCCCAGUUGAAUCCUGGAUUUUGGAUUCUGGUGCAUCCUUCCAUUCGUCACCAAGCAAGGAGUUGUUCCAAAAUUUCAAAUCUGGAAAUUUUGGGAAGGUGUAUCUUGCUGAUAACAAGGCCUUGGUGAUUGAAGGGAAAGGAGAUGUCUCCAUAAAAACACCAACGGGAAAUCAAUGGACAUUGAAAGAUGUCAGAUAUAUUCCUGGUCUCAAGAAGAAUCUGAUCUCUAUUGGUGAGUUGGAUAACACGGGCUAUGCAGCAGAGUUUGGGAAAGGUUCUUGGAAGAUUGUGAAAGGUGCUAUGGUUGUAGCACGAGGCACAAAAUUUGGAACUUUGUACACCACUACAGGGUGUAUUAACAUGGCUGCUGAUGCUGAUGGUGUUUCCAGUUCAAAGAAGAGAAAUAAGCUUGAUGCCAAGGCUGUGAAGUGUUACUUCAUAGGCUAUGGUUCUGAUUUGUUUGGUUACAGGUUUUGGGAUGACAAGAACAGAAAAAUCUUGAGACAUUGUGACGUGACAUUUGAUGAGUCUGUCCUUUAUAAGGACAGAGAGCAGAAGGUUCCAGAGACUACGAAGCAAGUGGGAGUUGAGGUUGAGUUGGAGAAAAGUACCCCCAUAAAUGUUGAAGCAGAAACUCAACCAACACCAGACACUGUUGCUGAAGAACCUAAGGUGGAGCAAGUGACACCUGAGCAGGUGUUGAGGAGAUCAUCCAGGAUUAGCAGGGUACCAGAUAGUAAGUAGAGGUUGUAAUGCCUAUAUAUAUUCUCCUUUGUAGCUAAUUUUUUAGAGAGAGGCAAGAGACAAAUUCUCUGUAAUUGUAUCUGCCUGAAAUCAUCAAUAAACACAUCUAGCCGCCGUGGAAGUUUACUCACGGGGUGUUACCACGUUAUUUCACGUGUUUCACUUUCUCUCUACUUUUACUCUCUCGUUUUUUCUUCUCCUUCUUCAUCGGAUUUCUGUGAGUGUUCUUGAUUCGAUCCUAACAGAAAGAAAGCUUCCCGUGAAAGAAGGCAAAGAAGCUUGCGCCCUACUAAACUCGUCAUCAAAAAAAUUUACAAAAGCAAUCACAAUCAAAGACAUAUUCUUCCCUAAUGUCCAACCUAAGAAGGAUGGUGAUGCCGACACUCUAAGAGCCAUUAGAGAUUUGAAGAAAUACAUGGAUCACUU